AAAAGAGUUCGAGGGAGCUGCAGCACGCUGUGCUGUUUGGGGAUUUGCGUUUAUGGGUUAAACAGAAGUGUCUCUCUGUAUAAACUAUUUGCAUUGUCUUUUUUCGACAAGAAAACACAGGGUGAGGUUAAUGGGGUUCCGGUGAGGCGUGCAUGUCGACAAAACAAAUUGUGAAAUGGGAGCUCGCACUCAGGCGUGAACCACAGAUUUCACAAGAAGAUCAGAUGAAGACAGAAAAUAUAAUGAAACCUUGCCAACUGACCUGCCAGAACUGUGAUAGGCAGUAUGAGACAAUCAAGGAUUUCAAAGUGCAUGUCCGGAGUUACAGCCAUAAACAGGAAGUGGCUGUGCUUUUUCAGAGAGCUGUACAUCGAGGACAAACUUUCUUUCCCAUGUUUGUUGUUAUGGACUACUUGAGGACCCCAAAGCAAAGACACCCGCUCAUUGGUCUGGACAUGGUAACAGUUUGUAUUACUCCAGAGAAAUAUGGUGCUUUCUACCUGUGUCACAUUUGUGAGGAGCGUCUGAGCAGUCAGGAUAUUAACAAACAUCUGAGUUCUACAGAGCAUUACUUUAAGUUCUUGGCCCACAGUAAUCCAGAGUUGCUGCGGUUUGCCUGGUUCAAGGAUUCUUUUUUGUAUCUGCAGUCCAGUGCUCUGAAAGAAAACAGCACAAAUGGGUCUGGCACCUUGCGGUUUUUAGAGCUGCCCAAGAUGAUGCUGAAGAGAGGUAAAAAGCUGGCAUAUCACCAAGUUAUGAUGAUGUUCUCCAAAACAAAAAAACUGACAGAACGUGUGAGCGCUAACAGACCUCAGAGGAAAACACUUCAGGCCUAUAUCACUGACCCUGCCCGAACCAACCCUUUACUUGGCAUGAACUUUCUGGUUGAGUACUCUUGUCCAGACAGUGAGCAUCACUGUGGGUAUCUCUGCAUUCUCUGCAAGAAGAAACUUCAAGCCAUUGACGGCAUCUCCCAUUGCAUCAGCUUUGAUCAUGUUUACUGGUACUUGCAGGAGGCUCACCCUGCAACCCUAGAAUGUCCCAAGAGUAGUUACACUCACUACUCCUACAAUUUCCACGAGAAGAUCUUUUACCUGGCCAAUCAGGCACAGAAAAAAUGCCCACCAGGGGAAGUACAGAGUGUGCAUCUGGAUCUGUCUGGCUUUAAAGACAUUGACUCCUCCAGUUACAUGAAUGCUUUGGACAAGCUGCAACUGAUAAGACAAGAAAGAAACCAAAGUGAAAUCAAAGCCAGCGUUACACCGGGAGAACGAAUCAUAUACACUCCAGAGACCCCAGUAUCCUCUGCAAGCAUGGUGACCACAAUCUGCUCAGCAGAACAGGAAGCAGAGAAAACGCACAAAGACUCUGCCACUGAAAAUGGAGACAGCAGUCAUCAAUUUAUUUUGUGUGUGGAAUGCAACAAGACCUUACCCUUUAUAUCAGAUUACAAGAUGCAUAUUAAAGGGAGGGAACACAAAGAGAAACUUGUUGACCUGUUUGGAACAGGCUUGUACGCUGGACCCAUUUCUGUGAUUACAUUGUACCAAUAUCUGUGGUCUAAACAUUUGAAGAAUUCAUCACCUCCACUGAUGGGUCUGCAGCUGCUCACAGUGCUUGUAGACAGGCAAAGUCAAUGGUCGAGCUCACCACUAUACCUGUGUCAUGCAUGCGAGAUGAGCAUUUCAACAUCUGCAUCUACCCACCUCACUUCCACACAGCAUUAUUUGAAUGUUUUUGCACACACAAAACCAGACUAUGUGUUUCUUGGUGCUCGGGAUUUGAACAAAAUCACCAAACUUGCAAAAGAAGAAGAAGAGAGGCAGAGAAAAGAAAAGAUGGUUCUGAGGAUUUGUGAGAUUCCAAGGAACUUGUGGAGGAAGUUCAAGAGCCUGGCAUUUGAGAAAAUCAUGGCAACGAUUUGGAACCACCAUCCAAAGUUGAGCAACUGCAUUGAAGUUCCGAAGCGGGUGACUCUGCAGUCAUAUGCCAAAAGUUGUGAUAGGAAGUCUCCACUGCUCGGUCUGCAGUUCAUGGUGAAGUACAGUACAACACAGCCUUAUCCAAAAUGUGGUUACCUUUGCUUACUGUGUGAAGGGAAGCUUUCUGAAAUGAAUGUCAUUGCCCACAUGUUGAGCUUUGGUCAUGUUUUCAACUACCUUAAUGUGGUGCACCCUAGUUCCUUGAGCAAGGAUGAUGAUGAUCAAAUGUCACUGAUUGUACACCUGGCAGAGCAGGCAGAGACAAUACAUCCUAAUGGAGCUUUGCAGGAAGUGGAACUAGACUUUGGGAAAUUUCAUAAACUUGACACAAACCCUUUCAAGGCUGCUUUGGAGGCUUUGCAGUUGUUUUGUAGGGAAAAAGGACUAGGAGAGCUAAAGCCAUCUCUUGUCCCAGGAGCCAAAUUGGUCUCCAGUUUGGAGAAGAAAAGUCCUCUGCCGGGUGUCCAAGAAGGAUGCCUUUCCACGCCACCGGAAACCCAGCAGAUCAACCUUGAUGCAACAUGCAUAGAAACGUCCUUUUCCAAAACAGAUUUAAACUUUUCUGACUUCCUUCCAAAACUCAAGGAGCCUCUGAAAUCCACAGAUCAUGCCAAUUCAGCCUCCACAUGUUUACAGCCUUCUAAACCUUCAUCACCCACCUUGCCACCCUUGCUGCUUCCUGAAGCAUCGUUGAAAACUCAGCAACAUGAUCCAAUGGAAUUGGACACAGAACCUCUCAGCCAGGCAAUGCCUCCUAACCACAGCCCAGCAGAGGCAAUAGAAUCUUGCCAAUCACCAAAACCUCCUGAAACUCAAGAUUCAAGCUUUGCUAAACAGCAGAGCAAAUUGGCACAAAAUAAAGGGGAUCUGUCAAAAGCUUCUCAGAAACGGAAGCAGGCUUUUAUUCACUUGAACAAGGCACAAGCAGUACCUCAGAUCCCACAUUCUGGCAAUGAACUGUGGAAUUAUCUGAAGAUGGCAAACAGAGAACCUGUAAUAGGUUUGAAUUCCGUGAUUGAGUGUCACACUGAUGGGCUACCACCAUUCUACGUUUGUGUGUCAUGCACAAAAAGGGUUAAAGAGAACUCUGUAAUUAGCCAUCUGACAAGUCGUGACCAUCAAAUAAUGUAUCUGAACUCAAUAAAAUAUGCUCCCCUGCUGGCCAAAAGAAAGGUGAAGACAAAAUGGCUGAGAAACCAAGCCAUUAUGUUUGAGAAAACUGAAGGAUAUGGAGAGGCAAAGGUACUAGAGCUGGACGUUCAAGAUUACCAUCAGAUCUUUGAUGCUCCUAUCUUAACAGGUUUGAGGAAGCUGAGGGACUUUCUACUCAAACUGACUUCAGAGAUCAGUGACCAAAGCACAAUGCCAGCCUCCUCAUCUGAUGACUCCAGAUGUAAUGAGAGACCAGAAACCCUUAAAAGCAUAAAGGAAGAAGAGGACAGUCCAUGUGGUCACCUAAGAGGGAAGGCAAUGUCUGAUGACUCCAAAUCUGAUACAACUCUUAAACAAUAUUCUGAUGACGAACCUCUCCGGAGUUCACCUCAUUUAUGGUCUUACCUCACUAGCUCCAGUAGAACAGAGCCUGUAAUCGGUUUGAAUGUGGUCACAGAGUACCGCAGUUCCUCUGGUCAGAACUCUUUUCUGUGCUCAAGCUGCAAAGUAAUCCUCCCUACCAGUAAAUAUAUGUGUCAUCUGAUUAGUCCACGCCACCGCUUUACCUACAUUAAAGCUAAUCACACAAAGCUUGUGGAACAGUGGAAAGAUACAAUCGACUUGACUUAUAAGAUCCAAGAGCUUCAAGAGAAGGCAAAAAUUGUGCAGGACAGCGAAGGCUGGGGACAGAUUAAGGUCGUGGAGAAGGAAUCUCCAAAACUGAAGGAGCAGGCAGCACAAAAUGCUGAGAACCCAGUCAAGGCUCAUGAAGCAGAGCCUCCUCAAACCAGUAGUGAAACCGUACACACAGUGCAGCAGGGCCACACCAAAAGGCGAAAAUCUCUGAAACAGCUGAAAAAGAAGAAAAUCAACAAGGACAGUGCUUCGAUUGGGUUGAAUUUUAUUACGUGCGUGACACAUGACAGAAAGAAGCUGUUCUUCUGUGAACUGUGCUCUGUGAGGUGUCAUUUAGACCACAUGUCUAGUGUGACCCACAGAAAAACCUGUGUGGAACAUAGAUAUCCUGGUUGGACUGAAAGUGAUGCAAACAUGGAGAGAAUGAAUGAGAUAGUCUUAUGUUUAGCAGCAGUGGAGCGAAGCACCGGGAUUGGAAUGAAGAAACUAAAGGUCCCUGCUGAUGUCUUCAGAGCCUUAAGGACUGCACCUAUCAGUGAAGCCCUGUCUCAGCUGAAAUUACAGCAGACAAAACUAAAGGCUGGAGUGGAACUGAGAGGUGGCCAUGCCUCUCCAGAAUCCAGCACUAGCACAGCAAUGGACAGUACACAUGGAACCUACAAUGAUAUUGACGAUCACAUGCCAUGUUCUGCUGCAGCUAGCUGCUCUUUGCAGCAAGAGCAAUCCCCCAUACUGGAGGCGUCUGUGAUUCCAGAUGACAUGUCAGAUCCUCUGAGUGGAAGCCAUUCAGGCCCCAUACCUCUGGAUCCUUGCUUUGUUUCCUCUUUUUCUGUCUCAUCCGAUCGCCCAUUAGGCACUCCUUGUGACACAUCUUCUCCAAACCUCCAUACACCAGUUCCUUCUGCACCACCAAGCAUACUGACUUCCCCUGUUCCUCUGCCUCCUCUUCCACCUCCUGUCUCUGACCUACCACCUCUCCCCCCUCUCCCACAUUCUUUCCCUGACCAACCUCCUCUGCCACCUCCUAUCCCUGACUUUCCUUUGCUUUCCUCUCAGCCUGUUACUUCCUCACAGUCACUGUCUUCACCUCCACCCCUGUAUGAGCCCAUCGCUCCUCCUUCCCUGUAUAAGCCCAAUUCUCCUCCACCUCUCUAUGAACCCAUCUCUUCUCCGGCUGCAGCUGAGUCCCGGGCCACACCUUAUAUUGCCUCGCCAUAUUCUCCCCCUUCCACUGCUUGUUACCAAAUCUCCCCUUCAUCCAUCUCUCUGCUACCGCACUCCAGAAGUCAUCCCAUGGAGGGUGAAGAUCAUGCAGAUGUGUGCAGAGGAGAGGAGAGCAGGCUUCUGGUCACUGCAUCACCACACAUGGACAUUUUUCAGAACCUGCCCACAGUGGUGGGGCAAAGCAACGCCUAUAUGUUUCUCAAUUUGCGGAAUCUUCCUAGUACAGAGCCAAUUAUAGGUCUAUCUAACAUUGUGGAGUGCCGAACAACAGCGCGACCAACUUUAUUUUUGUGUCUGAAUUGUGCUGUGAAGUUCAGCACAAAGAACAUUUGUUGCCAUAUGACCAGUGAGCAGCACCAAUACUCUUCCAUUAGGAUUCGGUAUCCUGUAAUAUUUCAGCAGUGGCAGACCAGACAAAACCUGACUGUUCGUGACUUAGCUAAGAAACUAGCUUCGGAGGAGCGGGGCUUAGAUGCCAAGGUCAUCAAGCUGGACCACAAGCAGUAUGACAGUUUGCAAUCAGCAGACUACCUCAGUGCAAUUGAAAUACUACAGCGAAUGUACGGACCAGAACAGGGCCAGAGUUCUCUGCCUUUGCAUCUCACAGGCCAGACUCCAAGAGCAAGGUUACAGCAAUACCACGUAGAGACUGAUAGAGAAACACACAGACAUCAGCCUCAGCAAAACUGUGUCCUCAGUCCAAGCCAAACACAACAUGGAGUUCACAACAGCCAAGUAACAGACAGGGCUUUUGAUGGUAUGCAGGGCAACCUUAAUAGAAGCACUGAAAUGAGCAGGCUCACCAGGGAUCAGCUAUAUCAGCACAAUCAAAGCCCUCAGGAAACCAGGAAGAGUCCAGAAAUGGCUGAAGCACAACAAACGCAGCAUCAGUUUAACUCACAACCAGGUCUAGCAGCAGAGUUUGAAAGCAAAAACACUGGGCUUCACUCUCCUGAGACACAUACUGAAAGUACACCGGAAACACCUGGUUGUGCAAAUUCACAUGUUUCACAAACUCCAGAGUUAACUGGCAAAGGACUACAACAAAUAACUGCACAAACCUCUUCCUGUAUGAUCAGUAUUAAACAGGAGAAACCAGACUAUGAUGAGGUUUCUCCAGGGACAUGUAGUUUUGCAGUUCACAUUGCUCCUAGUUCGGAAGCACCAAGUUCUAGAGAAGCUACAGGAAAUCCAUUCAAGCACACAGCUGACUUGAAAGGAUAUCUAAGCAGUAAAAGAGCAGUGUCGGACGCUGUCGUUGGUCUGCGCUCAGUGAUUGUGUGCCAAAGUGAGGGUCAGGCUCCACUGUAUUUGUGUGUAUCCUGUUCCAGCAAACUCAGCCAUGACCUAAUCAUCAACCACCUACUGAAGCCUGGCCACCGAGAGUGUUAUCUGAGACGCCGGUACCCCUGGUUGUGUGAAGACUGGUCUGAUUCUGAUAGUAGAACUCAGAGAUCUGCAAUGCUUAUGCGACUUGCUCACCAAGUAGAGAAAAACUUUGAGGGUGAGCCAGGCUGGCUACAGGAGAUAGAAGUACAGUGUGCUGUCUUGAAAGAAAUUAAAAGCCUAUCUUUUGAUAAAGCUAUCACACAGUUACAGAAGAUUAGAAAAGAACAGCGGCUUUGUGCUCUCCUAACCUGCGUUUCCCCCAAGACCCAGACAGUUUUGGUGAAACAGGAGAAUAUAGAGACAGAAGUGACAAUGCAGCAUUCACCACAGCUUGCUGAUUUACCGGAGAUAAUUGUGCAGAGGCCAAAGACAGCUUCUAAGCGCAGGGCUGCUGUACCAGAUUCACCACACGAGUCGCCACCGCUGGUUAAGCAGAUCAAACUUUCAAGUGCUGUGACCUCCAGUCAAAAAACGCUUGAACAAAAUAAACCCUGGACCUCUGACCACCAAAUACCCAGUCUUCUUAGCCCACACACUCCUAAAAACAGUGCCCAAAUAACCACCACAACUGUGGCUUUCUCUAAAGAGUCAUCACCUCAGAACUAUGCUAACACUCAGCAGAACCCUAGGCAUUUUCAGUCUGACUCGUCACAUGUUUCUGUUCCCAGUUCUGAAGCUAGUACCCCUAGACCCAAUGUCCAGUACUCAUGUCUCACCCUAAAGCCAACCAUCUCAAACAAGCCCUCUCAGAAAUCGUCAUUACAAACAAAUUCAGUGGAUAAAACCAAACCCAAAAGCUCAAUUUCAGAUACUCAUAAAGCUCGUCUUGCUGCAGCAGAUCCUAGAUUGGUAGCUAACACAUCUUCAGACUGCUCUGAGCAAUCCAGAUCAGUUAUUUCCAAGACUUGUUUAAAAAGGCAGUAUUCUGAAAGCAAGGCUCUCUCCUCAUUAUCUAGCACACUAUCCACUGAUGAACCUCCCAGUCAUCUGAGACAAUCACCUUUGGAAUGUCCAGCAAAGAGGAGAUGCUCAGAUGAGGGCUUGGAUAACCUUUCUCAAGUACAGAAAGAGAAUUCCAUUUUGUCCACAGCCCUUUCAGACAGAUCACAGUUUUCUCAUUUAAACGCCUCAAGAAGUUCAGACCCCAGUACCCAUACUGAGCGAGCUAUCUCAAAUCAACCUUUGCUUUCAUCUAAAAACAGCGAUGGGCAAGCUUUGUCUUCUCCCAACUUGCCACCUCAGCAAGAGCUUCCCUGUCCUACCACGGGUUCCAUUAGUGUUCCAUCCAUGAAGACACAAGGGCAGGAAAUUGCUCGGCUUCAUGAGAGACCCUUGGUGAAAAAGAGAUCAACUGAAAAUGCCUGGAAUUAUGAAAAUCGACAGUUUAGUUCUGACACACUUAAUACAAAGUUAGAGGCUGCCCUCUCUGGUGAGGCUGACUGGAAAGUUCCUGCUAACGAUGCAGACAUUUUAACUUUUGCUGGUGUGGAUAACACUGCCAUGUCAUACAUGGUUCCAGCACAUAAUGCUAGUGCUAGUUCAUAUUUUUCUACAGCAUCAGGAUGUGGUGAAACUGCCUCUGUCACUAGUCCAGUGAUACCUGGAUAUGCCACGCCUUAUCCAUAUUUUGGAUAUAAUCAAGCUGAUUAUACCCCAGCCAGUGUUACAUAUAGUGGUAUAGCACAUAAUUACACUGUGGCAGCAGAUAAAAGUGGCGUGAACGCUCAAUCCGCUGCUGCAGGUACUCCUACAAAUGUUAGAUAUUUCACUGACAAUAACUCAGCUUAUGCAUCUCAACUAGUCUAUCAGUCUCAAAAAGUUUACCAGGCCCUCCAUGCUUUCCAGUCUCCAGAGGCAUAUCAGGCCUACUAUGCUUUCUCUGCUUACAAUCAAGCACAUCAACCAAACCAGGCAACCGCAUUCAGUGGAAAUGUCAGUUCAGCUUCUUCUGUACAUGGACACAUGCCCGCCAAGUAGGGGGGCACAAGUAAGUUUCAUUUUAACAUGUUAACUGUUAAUUAAAAGUCAUCAAUAUCUGCCACUUCUCACAUGCUUUAUGAUUAUAUAUGAUGAUAUUUACAGACAUCUAAGUGUACGACCAGCACUUACACCAGUACAUUACACUAGUAAAGAGCAUUACUUAUUGUAAUAAAAAUAAUUGGUGCAGAAUCUGGUCUUAUUGGUAAUAACAUAGUCAAAUUAUAUUGAAUGACUAAGUCAUGUUUUGUUUCUGCCAUGUCAGUCCUUAAAUCUGAGGGUCAUUUUCUUGCAUAUUUCCCAGGGCAGUUAUGAAAGAUUAAUACAAAUAAGCAAUUUAGUGAUGAAGGUAGGUUUGCUUAUAAGUACUGCCCCUUAUUUUACCACAUCUUGAUUUUAAUAUUUCAACAGUUUAUAUAUUAAAUGUGUGUUUAGCUAAACUGCUGAAGAUAUAAGCAGUUAUUUAGCAGUAAUAUAAAAAGUUAUUUCAUUUUCUCUGCCUUUCUUUUUUUCUCCUAGAAGCAGAACUGAAGAAAUCUUACACCACACGUACUCAUGUAAAAGGGGCCUUAUCUUUCUCCUUUUUAAAGAACUUUUGCUCUGAUAGUUUCAUUUUCUUUGUUGCAAUUCCUUGAAUGUAAAUACUUUUGAAAUGUUGUGCAGCAAGUGCUGUAAUUCCUUUUAUUUGGCCAGACACUUGUGCCUUUGUCUUGUUCUAUUAGAUAUACUACAAAGAGCCUAUGUUUUGUUUAUACCUUUUAAACACAGUUUUACAAUCAGUGGUAAUGUUUAAUGUUUCACAAAGGAAUGUGCAAUUCAUAAUUUGUUGCUUUCAUAAAACUGAUUCAAUUUUUUUUGUGCAGUUCUCUUAGUUUUGUAAAUAAAUACUUGGUUAUGAAA